AUGAAGGCGACGGUGAUGACAGUGAUGCGAAUGAUGACGACGAUGAUGUUGGUGGCGAUGCCGAUUCCAGUGAGGUAUUUUGGCGAGGGGCGCGAGAAGCCGCGGGUGAAGAUCUUCCGGGACCAGGCGGCGUGGUGCCCCUACUGCCAGAAGGUGUGGCUCAUGCUCGAGGAGAAGCGCGUGGACUACGAGACGGUGAAGGUGCCCAUGCGCUCCUACGGCGACAAGCCGCAGUCCUUCUUGAAACUGAUCCCCAACGGGCUGCUGCCAGCGAUGGAGAUCGACGGCAGGCUCAUGACGGAGAGCCUGGACAUCAUGGUCACCAUCGAGAGGACGUUCCCCGACCCAGACAAGCCAAUGAUCCCGCCGGCGGGGCCCCUGCUCGACCGUGCGCAGCAGCUCCUGGGCCUCGAGCGCAAGCUCUUCGGCGCCUGGUGCGGCUACAUGUUCCGCCCGGAGGUGCCGUUCCUCGGGGGUGGCGACGGGGAGUUCACCUCCGUGCUGGAGCAGGUGGACCGCGAGCUUGGCAGCAACACGGAAUCCCCGUUCUUCCUCCCGUACGCGUGGCCGACGCUGGUGGACAUGCAGUACGUCUCGCACGUGGAGCGGGCCGUGGCCAGCGCCAUGUUCUACAAGGGUUACGACGUCCGCAAGCGGUUUCCGAACAUCGACAGCUGGCUCUCGGCCUACGAGGCGCUGCCGCACUACAUGGCGACCAAGAGUGACUACUACACCCACUGCAUGGACAUCCCUCGGGGAACCCAUUCUGACAUCGACAGCGACCUGGCGAGGGAGGCCCGCUCCGCGAUCGAGCCCGGGAGCGCGAGGGCGUCGGCCCCCCUGGACUCGGAGCUGGAGCCCCUGACGGCGCAGCAGCGAGCGGCGCCAGAGGAGCACUUCCGGGUCGAGGCCGCGUGGAGCCUGGUGCAGAACCACGAGGCGGUGGCCCGCUUCUGCUGCCGCGCGGCGGGGUCUGGCGUCGGCGACUGGGCGUCGGGGAACCCGACGAAGUGCCGUCUCGCGGACCCGUACGCGACCCCCGCAGAGGAGAUGCUGCCGUCGGUGGAGGCCGCCCUCCGGUCGGUCGCGGCCGCGCUGCUCCGCGGGGACCCGGCCGUGGCGCGGGCGGCGAGGGAGGCGGCGGAGGCAGAGGUCGGUGCGCCGCCGGGAGGCUGGCCGCUGGCGGCCGCCUGCCUCGAGUACCUGCGGGACAGGGUCGGCUCCCCGCGGGACCUGUCCAUGCCGGCGGCCAAGCUGCUCCGAGGAUAUCUCAACGAGGCGGUCGCCUCCCUGCGCGCCUGA